AUGCAGCCACCACUGACAGUCUUCUUCAUGCUGCUGUUUGUCCUGCUGUGUUUCCUGGGGAGCCUGGCCAACGGCUUCAUCGUGCUGAUGAUGAGCAGGGAGUGGCUGAGACAGGGUAGGCUGUCGCCCUCCAACACGAUCCUCCUUUGCUUGGGUGUUUCCCGUUUCUCCCAGCAGUGCUUUGGACCCGUGUACAUCUUCAACUAUUUCCUCCACCCGGUUGAGUUCACCAAAAGUCUGACCCGACAGAUUGUUUGUCUGCAUUGGGACUUUAUGAACUCGGCCACCUUUUGGUUCAGCACCUGGCUCAGUGUCCUGUUCUGUAUAAAGAUUGCUAACUUCUCCCACCCCACCUUCCUCUGGUUGAAGUGGAGGCUCCCGAGUUUGGUGCCCUGGCUCCUUCUGGGCUCUGUCCUGAUCUCCUUUGUCGUAACCCUAUUCUUCUUUUGGGGGAAUCACAAUCUGUAUCAAGACUUCUUAAUUAGACAAGUUUCUGGGAACAUGAGCCAUAGGGAGUGGAACAGGAGGCUGGAAACUGACUAUUUCAUGCCACUGAAACUUGUGACAAUGUCCCUUCCUUGCUCUCUCUUCCUGGUCUCCAUUUUGCUGUUGAUGAAUUCUCUGAGGAGACACAUCCGGAGAAUGCAGCACAGCGCCCACAACGUGCGGGACCCCAGUGCCCAUGCUCACACCAGAGCUCUGAAGAUGCUCAUCUCCUUCCUCAUUCUCUAUGCCAUGUCAUUCGUGUCUCUGGUCAUUGAUGCCACGGUCUUCAUUCCCUCCGACAGCCUGUGGUACUGGCCGUGGCAGAUCACACUCUACCUGUGCAUGUCCAUCCACCCCUUCAUCCUUAUCCUCAGCAACCUCAAGCUUCGAGGUGUAUUCAGGAAGCUGCUUCUCUUGGCUAGGGGCUUCCGGGUGACCUAGGUGGCACAAUCUCUGUGUCUAGACCCCCAGAAGAGACUCAGGUAAGGGUGACAGAACCAGGGCUCAGUAUGAAAACGUCUUCACAGCAGGGGACGGCUGGAUCGCACUGUGGAGUUCCUCCUCUGGGAAGGAAAGGAGGAGGAAGACCUGAGGAUUCCCUGGGACUGCUUCCCUUCUUGGGACUCUAUUCCAAGGGGCCCCCAUGAGCCCUGGAGAGCCAGUAUUUCCCAGAAGUUUGGAAUAUGAAAGUUUGUCCUGCUUUUAUGUUUGUAUCCCCCUUUUAUCUGGAAGCCUUCAAUUAAGUCUUGAUGAAUUGGUCCACGUCAUGUCUGCUAGCUACUGGAGAGUUAGGACAAAAUGUGUGACAAAACUAGAUGUGCCUGAAGAAGCAGCAAUGUCCCUGAGGAAAAUGUAACCAGCACCAAGGGAGCCCCAGGGGACAAUUCGCUGGGGCCAGCAGGGCCAAUGCUGGGAGUUCUAAUCGUCCUUGACUCUGUGGACAUUCUUCUUCUCCUGUGGAACUCGGACUACUUGGUUUUAAUUUCUCUGUGCCACCCUGUCUCUUUUCUCAUUAACAUCUGCAUUGUUCUGCCUUUAAUUUUCUCCUCUCUGAAGUUUUGAGUUCAUGUUUAUUAUUCCUUUAGAAAAAGACACAUUUCGAC